AACAAGCAGGUGGGCGGGGCGGGCAGUGAUGGGGCGGAGACUGGGUAGUAGAGGUGAAGUGAGUUCCGGGCUCUGGGCACCCUGUCCUGCUGCUGCUGCUCCUGCUGCUGUCAGUGCAAGAGACCGAGGACUAUCCUGCAAGAUGCAGCCUCCGCCUAGGAAAGUGAAAGUUACUCAGGAGGUAAAGUUACGAUUUGGGGAACAGCUGUCUAGUCUUCAGAACAAGCAGCAGCAGGACACCGAGCUCCUGGAAGACAUCAGGUCCUUCUGCAAACAGCGAGCAGCCAUUGAGAAGGAGUAUGGUCAGGCAUUGCAGAGACUGGCAAGUCAGUACCUCAAACGAGACUGGCAUCGCGGGAAAAAUGAAACCAGCGAAUGCAGGAGUGUGUUUUCUGUGUGGAAGUCUGUGGUGGAAGGGACGGCCUAUAUCGGUCAAACCCGAGUUACAGUGGCGGAGAACUACAGGAACCUGACCACCGAGGCAGCAAAAACUGCUAGAACCGCAAAGGAACAUCUCCUUAAAAAGAGCAUGGAGCAGCUGCUGAAAGUGCAGAAUGAAUUACUGGAGACCGUAAAAGAGGUCAGCAAAACAAAGAAACAUUAUGUCCAGCUGGAACGUGUCAGCGAGGUGGUGAAGGAGAAGGCGGCUGACGCCGAGGCCAGGCUAAAGAAGAGUGAUCACGGCAUCUUCCACUCCAAAGCCAACCUGCAGAAGCUCAGUGCCAAGUUUUCAGCGCAGUCAGUGGUGUGCACACAGCAGCUGGCAGAGGCGCGGAACGAGUACCUUCUAGCCCUAGUAGCCGCAAACGCCCACCAUGAUCUGUACUACCUCUCCCACCUGCCUGACAUCAUGAAGGGCUUAGAUGGGGAUCUCUAUGAGCGGCUGAGAGAUUACCUUUCCCUGAUUAGUAAAACUGAACUUAAUACCUGCAAGUCAACACAAGAACGCUUUGCGGACAUCCUGGAGGCUUCACUUCAGGUUUCCCGGCAGCAGAAUCUGCAGCUUUUCCUGAAAGAUACCAAUCUCUUCUCUUCUACCCCUGCCCAGCAGUUCCAGCCGGCAGGGACAGACAAGGUAUCCGUAUUGGAAACCCUCGUUAGAGGUCCAAAUUCAGAGAAUGUCUUGGAUAAAGAGGCACGGAGGUGGACGAGCAGAGCUGCAAGAGAUUAUAAACUGAAGACUCAUGGGGAAAGGAUCCUGCAAAGGCUGGAAAUCAGGCAAAAGAAUGCACCAGAAAAGGAGAUCCCCAGUAUGGACCUAAAGAUAGAGGAAGUAAAGGAAAGUGUGCGGAAGGCUGAGGUCAGCAAGGUAAAAGCUGAUGCACGGGUGAAGUUGUUGCGGCAGAUUGGGGUGGAUGUAGAUACCUGGCUGUCUGGUGCCAUGACCCAAGCCGAUGAAGAGCUGGAACAGGAGAGACGCCUGAGCGAAGCCCGGAUGUCUAAUGGAGAUAUUUCAUCCACAAUGGAUGACUUUGAUUUCUCAGAGUUUGAGGAUAUAGAUGAUGAUGGCGACAUAUUUGAAGAAUCCAAUCUUAAUUUGAGUGGGUCCCGGACAUACCCAUCACCAUGCCAAGUGUUGUAUGGCUAUAAGGCUACUCAGUCAGAUGAGCUUUCCGUCACUCAAGGUGAGCUGCUGGAAGUCAUUGAAGAUGGAGAUGUAGAAGAGUGGGUGAAGGCAAGAAACAAAAGUGAACAAGUUGGAUACGUACCGGAAAAGUACAUUGCCUAUAUUAAUCAGCGAGUGGGUGAUCCGGUGCACAGCAGUGACACUAGAGGGCUCUCUGCAGGAAAAUCCCUUUCUGGCAUAUCAGAGCUGGAAUGGUCUGAUGCCACAGUGUCCCUUGCUAGAGCCCUUUAUGACUAUGAAGGUCAGAGCGAAGAGGAACUCACCUUUCCUGAAGGUGCCAUAAUCCAAGUUAUCCGGAAAGAAGAAGGCGGAGUUGACGACGGCUUCUGGAAAGGAACAUUCAAUGGCCGACUUGGAGUCUUUCCCUCCCUUGUUGUUGAAGAAUUAUCAGGGGAUAAUGCAGAAUCAAACCAGGAUCUCCCGUCACCAGCACCACCCGCCUUCCUGCCUCCCAUGCUUGACCCACUCUCCAGCCCUUCUCUACAGGGAACUGCGGCUACAGAAACCGACUCCAGACAGAAUGGUUCAGGGAGCACUCAGAGCUCUCCAGACUUUGCAGCAACACGCCUGAGACCAAUGCGAGCAGCACCUCCGCCCCCAACAAAGGGAACAGAGGGUGGGCCAGCAGAUCCAUAAGAUGAAAGUUUAGGGUUUGAACCCUGCAUGUCUUUACAACACAAAAACUCUGAACAAUAUCACCGUCUCUCUUCAUAAAGCGUAGAAGGUUUGGUGAUGUAGAACUUGCUGGGACAGAGCACACUGCACACCUGCCUCUACCGGUGACCUGUGUCACUUGCCGCUCCUGUUGACUUGUGAAAUGAGCCACUUCCAUAGGUCCUUCAGUGACUAGCUUGCAAAAACAAGACCACGUUCUACAGAGAGACUGUAUACUAAGCCUGGAGUAUUUAUCCCUGGAAUGGUGACUCAGGGGCACAGCAGAUUCAUAAGAUAGAGGACAAUUAUAGGUGAGUGGUGGUAUAUAACCCUUACAGCAUGAGUGACUUGCACUGACAGCUGACAGGUGAGAUCAGCUGACGUAUAAUUGUUAUAUGCCACAUAACACUGUGCAGAUAACAUCGAGGUACCCUUGUGGUGACUGUAACAAUCUGAAAUAAAUAUAAUGGAAACUAAAACCUUAGUAACUUAUACAUAUUGCUGUAGUAACUUAUCCAUAUUAACUAAUGCUUGGUGCUUUGAUUGAUAGGUGUCAUUCACCUUAUUCUGCACCAUUCGGUUAACAUGUGCCGAGACUCUAUCGGGACACGGUUAGCAUCCCCGCAGUCAGGAUGCCGGCGGUCAUGUGACCGACGCCGGACUCCUGGUGCAGGAGCACCAACAUCCCGAAGGUAAGUGUCGGGGUGACUGUUAGGGUUAGGGCCCGAGUGGUGGUUAAGGUUAGGUACUGGUGGGAGGGGGGGAUGGGUUAGCCCUAGCCGCUACCCCCACUAUCUUAGCCCUGGUGCCACCCCAGGGGGGUUAGGGUAGGGGACAGGGGAAGGGUAAAAUAGUUACCCCUUCCCCUGUCGGCAUUCUGAAGUUAAGUCUGUUUGUCUCAUUCAUUAGCUGUUAAUGUACAUCACUGAUGUUGUAAGGGUUGUACCCACCACUUACCUGUAGCGGUGUUGUGCCUGAUGAAGGGUCUAUGCCCACAGAACCCUGUGCCUCUUACCAUCCUGUCACACACACAAUCCAGUAGGAGCGUUCUCAUGUCCCUGUGUGCAGCUGCUCAUAUUCUUUUUUGCAAAUAUUCUGAACUUGUAGCAGUUUUGGAUUACAUAUAUUUACAUAUUUACAAGGCUGGAGAUCUCAAAAGAACUGGAAGACCCUUACCUAAAGUUUUCUUCAGAAGACCACGCAAGAUGUAAUCCUAGACCAAUACUUCAUGGACUUUCUUCAUAUAUAUUUAUUUUUACUAUGCUACCAUUGCAUGCCUUAUACUUCAAGGAAGUGUUUUUCAUGUUUUAAUGUUAUAUAAUAUAAAAAAAUAACCAAAUAAAGCUGCUUUGCUGGGACAAUGAUACCUGAUCCUCCUGUUUCAAGGGGGAAGGGCUGCUGGGUGGGUUUCCCCUGUGUGUUAUUUUGGCCUGCCCAGUUUAUCCUCCUAAUUCAUUUAUAUAUGAGAAAUCCUGUACUCAUGAGUUGUCAGACCAUUACCUACUGUGCCAUAUGAGUGAUCCCGAUAAGAUACCCUUAUGAAUCCUAAAUGAAUACACCUCUAGGGGUAUAUUUAAUAUAGUGUGAGUUUUUUAGAAGUGGAGAUGUUGCCUAUAGAAACCAAUCAGACUCCACUUAAGAUUUAUCUAGCUUCUUCUAGAAGAAAACAGUUAGAGUCCGAUUGGUUGCUAUGGGCAACAUCUCCACUUCUAAAAAAAACCUCACACUUUAGUAAAUAUACCCACUAGUCGUCUCUACUUUACACGUACAAUAAAGAACAUAGGUUUUAUUAAGCACAAAGGUUUGCUGUCUAUAGUAGUUACUGGCAGGACCCUGGGUUUCCGGCCUCUGAAAACCGUUUACAUUGACAACACCUCGAGCACCUGACUUGGUGCGUGUGGAACUGGCUGGCAAAAAUGAUGAGACUCCCCAAUAUUGUACAUUUUGAAUAGUAUGUUGUUUGCUCCUUUAGAUGUACCAUAUCCUGACCUCUUCCAUAAGUUUUGUUGCCUAGCUUUUCACUGUGCUGCCCUUAGUUUUCAAUUGUUAGGCAAUUACCUCUACCAUUUUCCCAGGAUUUACCCUAUAGCUAUUAACAUUUCUAGUACAGCGUGUGAAAUUAUAGAAGUGGUUAGAACCUAAUUUGUUGGUACUUUAUCUCUCUCCGAGGCUUGAUGCAUCUCCCCCAUAUACUGGUUUAACCCACAAAAUGGCUGCUUCCAGUGUGUACAAAGGACUGGAGUUAUAAGGCCAACACUGCCUCUAGAAACCAAGUUAUCCAUUUCUACCACAUGAACCCUACAUGUCACAUCUCAUCUAACCUCUCCUGUCUUCAUAGUUACAUGCCAUAGUGUCAGCAUAUCAUAAUCCUAUCCUGUCACCGGAUAAAUGCUGGAUUUCUUUCUAUCCAUAGUGUUUUUGACAAAACGUCUCCUCAACAUGACAACGAUAUGCUUAACGUGUUUUUUUGUUUGUUUGUUUUUUGUUUUUUUGUUUAGUUUUUUUUUAAAAAACAUUCCUACUGUUGGCUAAAGGUUGCUUUUUAAUGCAUUGUUGCACAAAGUUAUUCCGCAUAAAAGUUUAUUUCUAAAUAAAGAUCUACUUUCAAAUAA